GCUUCCUAGUUCCGGGGCACAAUGUGACCGGCACAUGGCUGGGGACAGAGUGUUUGGUUGUUUUUUUUAACAACAACAGGAUAAACAUGGACCAGGAGGAACCUACUGAGCUGACAGAAGAAAUGAAAAGUUGGAUGCUCAAAGCUUUUCAAAUGGCUCAAGAUGCCCUGGAAAAUGGAGAAGUUCCCGUUGGUUGCCUAAUGGUUUAUGACAAGCAGAUUGUGGGAAAAGGAAGAAAUGAGGUGAAUGAGACUAAAAAUGCUACUCGGCAUGCAGAAAUGGUGGCAAUCGAUCAGGUAUUGGAUUGGUGUCAAAAGAAUGACAAGAGCUCAACAGAAGUGUUUGAGAAUACCGUUCUGUAUGUGACUGUAGAACCCUGUAUCAUGUGUGCAGGUGCCUUGCGUCUGCUCCGAAUCCCUCUGGUGGUGUAUGGCUGUCGGAAUGAACGAUUUGGAGGCUGUGGAUCAGUUCUCAAUAUAGCAAAUGAUGACAUUCCAGAUACAGGAACACAGUUUAAGUGCAUUGCAGGAUUCCAGGCAGAUAAAGCAGUAGAAAUGCUAAAAGAUUUUUACAAGCAGGAGAACCCAAAUGCACCAAGAUCAAAAGUUCGCAAAAAAGAAUGACUCAUUUUAAAGAAGACACUAAUCUAAUAAAAAACGUAUCUGUCAGCAAAAUCUCAUUAAUACAUAUUCAUAUCUUGAAUGAAAAGGUUACAGAGCAUUAUUUAUAGAAAUAUAUAUAAACACAUCAUUAUAUAUUGUUACCUGGGAUUAAUGUAAUAUUCACAACUGCUCUAAAAAUACUUGUUUAAGGACAUUUAAGUCUAUUUGUUUUUGCGUAGUAUACAUCAGCUAUUAAACACUAACCUCUAUGCAAAUUAAA